AUGGCGGCCGGCGCUUGGCCGGGCGGGCCGUACGAGCGCGCGCUGCUGCUGGUCCUGUCUGACCACGGUCAAACAUUGGGCGGCGACCACGGCGGCGGCAGCGCCGACGAGGCCGACAGCGUGCUCAUUGCGGCCGGCGCCGCGCGGCUGCGCGCGUCGCUGCUGCGGCGCGGCGGCGGCGCCGACGUUGGAGGAGAUGCAGGCGGUGGCGGCGAGGGCGAGGCCGUCGGCGGCGGCGGCGAGGGGUGGCGGCCGCCGUCGGAGGGGGAGCUGGACCGACUGCAGACGGAGCUCCUCUCAGGCGGCUGGGCCGCCGCGGCGGCGACGGCGGCUGCGGGAGCGGAGGAGGAGGAGGGCGCGAUGGGGGGUAGCGUCCCAGCGGCGAAGGCGCCGGCGCCGGAAGGGGGGCCGUGCGGCGGCAGUAUCCCGCAGGUCGACCUGACGCCCACGCUGGCGCUGCUGCUGGGGGUUCCGAUCCCCUUUGGCAAUCUGGGCAAGGUUCCCUUGGCCCUGUGGCACGUGCUCGCCGAGGGCGGCGCCGCGGGGGGCGGCGGGGCGGACGGCGCCUACGCAGCCGCGCUCGCGUCCAACGCGGCGCAGGUCCACCGAUACCUGAACCGCUACGCGGGCGCCGCGAAGCUGCCUGCCGCGCGCCUCGCGCGCUGCAACACCCUCUUUGAAAAUGCUGAGGCCGCAGCCGCCGGUGGCAGCGAGGGCGGGGGCGGCGGCGGACCGGAAGACGGGGGGGCGGAGGGGCCGUGGCUGGAGUUUCUGGAGGAAGCUGCCGCGCUGGCGCGGGCGCAGUUCACGCAGUUUCACGGGGGCUUCAUCUGGCUGGGGGUGGCCGCGAUGGCGGCGGUGGUGGCGCUGCACCUGCGGUGUUGUUGGUGA